AUGGACCCCGUGUCCGAGGAGGGGGCAACCCGCCUGGCUCCCUGGGGGCCUCCGAAGGGGGGGCUGAGAAACUCCCGAAGACGGGUGGAGCGGGUGGAGGAGCAGCCGCAGCUGUGCGGCCUGGGCCCCUGUCACCUCGCUGUGUUUGGAGAUGCCCAUGACAACAAGGUCAAAACACACCGAGAAAGAGGGUUCGGCAGAGGAAAGAAUGCGGCCAGUAACAUCAUCUCUGGGGGCCGGUGGCCCCUCGGCCAGCAGGAGCAGGGUCGCCGCCCGCCCCGGAGGCCGCUUUUGCUUCUAAACGUGCGGAAGAAGUCCACUCCGGUUCCCGAGGGCGACCAGCACGAGAGCAGUGGCCCCGGCCAGGGCUCCAGCCCGCCUCGUCUCUUCCUGCGAACUGACCCUUCCCUGCUCGUGGCCAAGUGGCUCGGGAAGCGCGCCCCAAAGAGAAGCAGGGGUGGGGACGCCCAGCACGGCGUGGCCCCCGCCGAGGACGAGGGGAGCUGUGGGAGGCCCGGGCCACAGCUGGGCCGGGCCCAGGUGCUGACAGACACGCCCCUCGCGCCUCGCCGGCACCACCGGCCUCAUCACCGCUUGCUCCUCUUUGAAAUUCACCCUGCACGCGAGGAGGCCGGCCUCGGGCCGCCCGUCCCCGAGUGCCUGGAGCGCGGGGGAGAGCGCGACUACGCGUCGGAGACCGAGUCCGACACCGAGUCCGAAGUCGAGUCGGAGACCGAGACCGAGUCCGCCCCCACCACCGAGCCCGAGACCGAGCCCGAGGACGAGCGCGGCCCCGGGGUGCCCAGGCGCCCCCCCUUCGGCCAGUCCCUCAGCGAGCGCCUGCACGCUCUGAGGGUGCGGAGCCCCGACGCCUCCCCUCGCCGCGCGCAGCCCAGCGUCCAGGAGCCCCAGGGCCCCGCCGAGGGGGAGGAGCCCGAGCCGGGGGACCGGCAGCCGGGGGACCCCGAAGAGGCGCAGCAGCAGCAGCGGCGCCGCUGCACGCCGAGGACGCCCACCCGCCGCGCCCCGUCCCCGGAGUCUCCCCGGCGGGGGCCCAUCCCCAUCCGGCGCCACUGAUGGCAGACGACGGCUUCCAGGUUCUCCUUGUUUUCUUUGGACCAGGUGCCGGAGAAUCUGGUAAAAGCACCAUCGUGAAGCAAAUGCGGAUCCUGCAUGUUAACGGGUUUAAUGGAGAGGGCGGCGAAGAGGACCCGCAGGCUGCAAGGAGCAACAGCGAUGGGUAGGCACAUUCAAAACCAGAACAACUUUUUGACAAACAAACAAACAUGAGGAUCACGCUGGGAAACUGAGCCGGG